AUGUGGUCCAAAGUCUUCGCCCCUCUGCUCCCCAACCGUCUUGCACCGGCGCAGAAGUUUCCACAGCUGAAACUUCGCCCGCAGCAGCACCGUCUCCUCACCCACGAACGCCAAUGCGCCAUUUCACUCAGCUCGUUUGAUGCGAACAGCGUGGAGUUCGCUCGUCGCGAGAUCGCCACUGGAAGCAUCGUGGAGGUGCGGGAUUCGGAUCGCCACCAGCUGCUCGCGUUGGGCUUCUACGAGCCGACGCUUCUUCGUGUGGAGGUGUUUCAUACGACACCCAAAGCGGUGGCCGAGUUGCCUAUCAUUGGCGAGGACUUUUUUCUAAGGCGAUUGCGGGAGGCGUGGGGGAGGCGUCGGCGCGCGUUUGGCCCAAUGCUGCACGGUGACACUAACACGUACCGGGUAUUGAACGGCACGGCGGAUGGCAUUCCAUCUUUGUACGUCGACCUCUUUUCCUCCAGCUUUGCCCGCAUUGUGGCAACUUCCUUUGGAGCUGAACGACUCGUUCCUGCCGUGGCGGAGUACUUGAGGCGCCAGGGGGCUGAGCAGCUGCUGCUAGAUACGCCGUACCUGAAAGACCGUGAAAAGCUUACCCUCGUUCAUCCCACCAUUCCUCUCUCAGCAGUGUACCUUGAGAACGGUACGAGACACCUCUGGGUUCCCCAAGCGGAAACCCCUGCAACACGAAGUAAUAGGUGGCUGCUUAACCCCGCGCAUCGCAGGAUACGUUUUAUGCUCCGUGAGCUCUGUCGGGGCAAACGUGUUUUGUGCGUUAAUGACCGUAGCGGGUCGGCGGCCCUGAAUGCCGUGAUGUCGGCAAAGAGUGUGCUGAUUGCCGAACCAGAUGAUGCCCUGGUAAACCGUAUACGGGAAAACUUGGUGGCCAACCACGCUGCGGCAGUCUUCAAUGUCUGUGAAACCACCACCUGUGCACGUAUCCAAGACUUGGACGCCCGCCGACAGGAUGUGGUUUAUUUGGAGCAUCACCCUGACCAGUUGUCCUCUGAGGAAGAAUGGCGGACAGCACUGGCUGCGUUGCUGCGGCAGCGAAUUUGCGGUGCGGGGACUCUGCUCUUUGUGGCGCAGGAGGCCGCUCCGCUUGGCAUUUCAGAUCUCCUGCAGCAGCAAUAUUCAGACGCACGUGUUGUACCCGCGCAACGGGAAGCGGUUGCCGCGGCCCUUCGUGCUGCUGCUUCCGAGCACAAUAUGAACCUCCGGCAGCUUCGUGCAUUUGGUCCUUCUGUAGAUUACCCCGUUCCACCGACGGCCGACGCACUGUGUUUUUCACAGGUGUUUCUUGUGGAAAGAAACUGUUGA